AUGAACAGUUCAAAAUCACCAGGGCUGGCUGGAUUUGGAAUCUUGAAAAACACAACCUGCCACACGGAGAAGAAGAUUUCAGUUUUCUUUUCAAUAAUCUUCAUGACGGUGGGAAUUUUGUCCAACAGUCUUGCAAUAGCAAUUCUCAUGAAGGCGUAUCAGAGGUUUAGACAGAAAUCGAAAGCCUCUUUUUUGCUUCUUGCUAGUGGUUUGGUCGUCACAGAUCUCUUCGGCCACCUCAUCAAUGGAGCCAUUGCAGUGUUUGUGUACGCAUCGGAUAAAGACUGGAUUCGAUUCAACCAGUCCAACAUUCUUUGCAGUGUUUUUGGCAUCUGCAUGGUUUUCUUUGGUUUGUGCCCGCUCUUCCUGGGCAGCGUGAUGGCUGUUGAACGGUGCAUUGGAGUCACUAAGCCAAUAUUUCACUCUACAAAAAUGACUUCUAAACAUGUGAAAAUGAUGUUGACUAUGGUAUGUCUGUUUGCUGUUCUUAUAGCUUUGCUGCCUAUUCUUAGGUUUAGAGCCUAUCAAAUUCAAGCAUCGAGGACCUGGUGCUUCUAUAAAACAGAACAUGUUGAGGACUGGGAAGACAGAUUUUAUCUCUUACUUUUUUCUUGCCUUGGGUUACUGGCCCUUGCUAUUUCAUUCUUGUGCAAUGCUGUCACAGGAAUUACCCUCUUAAGAGUCAAAUUUAAAAGUCAACAAAGACAAGGCAGAUCUCAUCAUUUUGAAAUGAUCAUUCAGCUCUUGGCUAUAAUGUGUGUUUCUUGCAUUUGCUGGAGUCCAUUCCUGGUGACAAUGGCCAGAAUUGGGAUAAAUGAGAAUCGUUCAAAGGAGACCUGUGAAACAAUACUUUUCGCUCUCCGAAUGGCAACAUGGAAUCAGAUUUUAGAUCCCUGGGUGUACAUUCUUCUCCGGAAAGCCGUACUUAAAAACCUGUACAAGAUCACAAGGGGAUGUUGUGGUGUGCACAUCAUAAACUUACACAUGUGGGAACUCAGCUCCAUCAAGAAUUCUUUGAAGGUUGCAGCAAUAUCUGAGUCACCAGUAAGUUCCAAACAAAUAAACCUACAGCCACUCAGCUCUACGGGGCAAUAA